CUACUACUCCCGAGUCCCAAGGUACAAUAUGUGGCUGGUGCUCACAAUUUCAAGCUUCGAGCUUGGUGGGGCGCGUCGAAAUCCCAUGCCACGCGACUCCCAGUCUCCGGUCCUACCGACUUUUGUAAGGUUAUCGGCCCCGUCUCCGCUGCGCUUACGGCCAAUUUCCAAUUUCCUCGCUUCUGGGUAGGAUUCGGGAGUCUGACAUUUGCCAUGUUGUCGGCGAUUUCGUGACGAAUUUUCUUUUCCUUUUUGCCGCCGCGGUUUCCUCCCUCUCAUGGUGCUCGGGCGCACCAGCUAUCCUUAAUCCCAAAACCUCCUUUCCGCGCAUCGCGCAGCGCAAAACCGCCUCGAUCCCAUAAUGGCAGAUUGGUCAUCCGUGGCGCAAGCUAUUGCGAUUGUUUGCGCUGGAUGGAGCACAUUUGUCUAUGCAGUGCAAUCCAUUGGUAUCGUCAGAAUCUUCCUCUCGUACUCAUCUCGCCUGCGACCCGCCGUCUCCCCCUCUCUGAGCAAAGAAGAUGUACCGCACAUCACCAUCAUCCGUCCUGUCAAGGGUCUCGAGCAUGGCCUCUAUGAAUGCAUAGCGUCCUCUUUCAGACAAGACUACCCGCGCGACAAGCUGACGAUCCACCUCUGCGUGGCCGAGAAGAGCGAUCCGGCAUACCCCGUCUUAGUGAAGCUAGUACAGGAUUUCCCAGGUUUUGACGCUCGAGUCUUGGUUGAGGAGGAAGAUCCGCUUCUGCAUGGCACUGACGGCCACAUCGACAACCUAGGCCCCAACCCAAAGAUCAGAAACAUCAGUCGCGCAUAUCGAGAAGCCAAAGGAGACAUCAUCUGGGUCAUGGACUGCAACAUCUGGGUUGCCAAGGGCGUCGCUGGUCGGAUGGUUGACAAGCUGUUGGGAUACGGGCCGGGCGGUAAACAAGUCAAGCCGUACAAGUUUGUACACCUUCUGCCAAUCGUCGUCGAUACGGUGUCUCGAAAGGACUUUUCAGCUGAGACGCAAACGCUCCUAUCUUCGACUUCCGACUCUAGCUCCUCGCAACACAUCACCGGCAAAGGCCAAAGCAUUUCGUUCCUCGAGUAUGCGAAGACCCAAGGCGGAGGCCGACUCGACGAGAUGUUCAUGGCCACAAGUCAUGCCAAAUUUUACAGCGCGAUCAACACCGUUGGCGUCGCCCCUUGUGCCGUUGGCAAGAGCAACAUGUUUCGCAAAUCGCACCUGGACACCGUAACGGACCCAGCCCAAAACCCGAUCUUAUCCAACAAGAACUUACCCAAGGGCAUCAACUACUUCUCCGAGUACAUCUGCGAGGAUCACCUGAUUGGCGAUCUAUUGUGGAAGUCGAGUCUGCCUGGCAUGAAGAACCACGGACUCGUUAUGGGCGACCUUGCAGUUCAACCAAUGGCCGGCAUGUCUGUACAUGCAUACUUUGCCCGUCGCGCUCGAUGGCUUCGUGCGCGAAAGUGGACUGUUCUCGCCGCCACUUUGGUCGAGCCUGGUGUUGAGAGUCUGACCUGCUGCGGCUACUUUGCUUUCGCUGUUACCACUCUCCCCUGGUUCCACAACACCUUUGGAACAUCGCAGACUUGGGGUGCCUUUGGCCUCUACUGGACGGCUUUCACAACUAUCUGGAUGGCGUGCGAUUGGUUCACAUACAACCGCCUUCAUGCUGGGUACACUGUUGAAGUGGACAAGAACACGCCAAAGUUUGCUAGGGGCACUGCGACACCUGGUGGAGCACCUCCAAGGUCCUUCUUGGAAUGGCUGCCCGCGUGGCUCGGAAGAGAGUUUUUGGCUCUUCCAAUUUGGGUCUGGGCUGUUUUUUGCGGCUCUACGGUGAACUGGAGAGGCCGGACCUUCAACGUUCGGUCGGACAUGAGCGUUGUCGAAGUCGGCUCCCAGUCAUUAGCCCCUUCUCAGGAGGCUAGCCAAAGGUCUAGAAGUAAGGACCGUUUGGAUUAACGUCGGAAUGAUUAUACACCUAGUACUAAUAAUUAUGAAUAUUCAUGACUGCACUUCUUGCUUACAGACCGUGUCGAAUUUGAACUCAUCUGAAAGAAUUUGCAUCCUAUUGAAGUGUCACAGGGUAUCACCGCGUCAUUUGCUUCCCGAAGUUAUCGAGUUCGCUUUCUACGAUAGAAAAGCUCUAGGGAGUUGCAAGAACAUCAUGUACGUAGGUAAUAUUUUAGUUGUCCGCACAAAAAUACGGAACUGCCACCUUGUAAAUACAUGUAUCGACAAGCUGACUUGCUAAAUCAGUUCCUGUCACCACGAGAACCUCUUGGUUAGAUCGGCACACACUCCCAGUUGUUCUCGUCCUUGUAGUCCCCAGUUCCCUUGAAGACAUUACGUGUCGGCCAGCGGCAGUGGCGACGCUUGUAGUCGACGCCGGCACUUACAGUGUUGUUCACGAAAGCGGUACCGGUAACAGUCUCAGGAGCAAUACCCUCCUCGACCCAGCGAACCAUGGCCAUGAGGACGUUCUCCUCGGGGUCAAGGCUCGCCGUGUUCCUGGCCUGGUUACCGAUGAACGCGGCUCCGGUGCCACCGCUGCAGUGCGCAAGGCCGGAAAUGCGGAACAGACGGUAAAACUCAUCCAGCUCGGCCGGGGCCAGACCCAUCGUCUGAGAAACGUGCUCGUAGUACCUGGGCGAGUUGUCGCUGGAGAUCGUACCGUCGAUGAGGCCGUGGUAGUGAAGCAGCUUUCCGCCGCGGUUCUGGAAGGGGGACAGGUCGCCGUCCCAGGUCUCGACGUUGAAGAGGUUCAGGCUGGAUGAGCGCACGUAGUCCUCGGGGGUGAUCGUGGCCGGGUCCCAGGUCGAAUCGUUGAGGAUCGCGUACUUGAACCAGUCAGAGGCGCCAAAGGGCUGCCCGUUGAAGUAGGUUUGCGGUGCGCCGCUGAGCUCGGCGCCGGGCUGCAUGCGCGGGUAGACGAGGUCGCCGGAGGCGUCGAUCAGGGGCGCGUAGAUGCCGCGGAGGGUCUCAACCUGCUUCUGGGUGAGGCAGGAGUCUGUCUGGUUGCUGUUGACGCCGCAGAGGAGGCUUUCGGGCUUGUAGUCGCAGAGGUCGGGGGACUCGAGGAAGCCGUCCUUGACGCCGUCCAGCUCGUCGCACUGGGCCAGGAUAUCAUCGUGGAUGGUCGGCCACAUGGUCAUGGGGAUGAAGGUGUCAGCGCCCUGCUGGCCGGUGAGGGGAAGGAAGUGGCAACUCCAGGAAGUAAGGUUGUUGAAGGAAAAUGCCGGGGCUCCGGCGACGAUGCCGUCAAAGUUCUCGGGGAAAGCCUGAGCCUGCUUGAAGCCCUGACGGCCUCCAGUAGAACAGCCGAGAUAGUAGCUCUUGGUAUGGGGCUUGUUGUAGAACGACUUGGUGACGUCCUUGCCGACAACGACACCAGUCGUCAGGGCACGAUACACGAAGUCCUCGAUUACAUCCUCGUUGUUCAGGAACGGGAGUCCGGUCUGACCAUCGUGACCGUUGUUAGUGGCCACGGAAGCGAAGCCAAGGGAGGAGGCAUAAUCAAGAUCCUCGUACUGAACGCAACCACCGAGGCCGCCGUUGCCGGUGCUGAGGAAGCGGCCGGUCCAGUUCUCGGGCAGCCAAGCUUCGAACUUGAGACCAGAGCGAGGCGAGGUAGCGAUGCGCGCGGUGACACGGCAGAUGUUGGCCGUGACAUUCUGAGAGGGACGGCCACAAGUGGGAUCCGCGUUCGGGAACUGCAGGGUGGUUCCUGCUGGGACGUACUCGGAGGCGGUGGAGUUGGCUCCGUUGAUACGCAGAGAAGUUGCAAAAGAGGCG